UGAAGGUCCGGGGAGGGUUGGAGUCAUUAGCCAACUUCCUUUCUGAAUAUCUUGACAUUUUUACCGUAAAACGCAUUCAUCUAAUGAGGUGCAGAACCAAUUACACUCCGCUGGCAGAUUGUGUGAUUUCCUCCCUCAUCAAUACUGGAAUCACCUGCUCCACCCAGCAGAAAUGUCAGCUCCUCAGAUGUGAGCAGCCACCCUUUAAAUGUAAUCACUUGCCUAUUGAUCCGUAAUUGCCAAGUGUUAGACCAUGCAGGGGAAGAGUGCCACCGGUGCAUUUGCUGUUCAGCUCCAGAAAACACUUCUCCCCCCAAGGGUGUGCACUUUUUUUACUGCAAAUUAAACCGAGUGUGGUAUGAAACUGCACCAGAGGUGCAGUGUUCGCGAUGCUGAAUGUACUUCACAGAAAAAUGGACAAAAAUGUAACCAGAUGUGUGUCACCAUGUGUAAACUGGAGGUGAAAGUGUGGAUCAAUGUAUUCAGUAUACAGCAGUAAGCAGUCAUGUACAUGUACAUGUAUGUGAAUUCCCUUGAGUCUUUCAGAUGUGUGCGUACGUGUACAUUGUGUGUUUGUGCGUAAAUGAAAUGUUAAUGAUAUAUACAUGUAUAUGCGUAAUCAAAAGACAAAAUACGUACACAUGUACAUGUAUGCAAGCAAAGGGUGGAGAAACAAUGAUUAUCUGGAAAUAAACAUGUACAUGUAUGUACACGGUGUACUCGUAGGACAUGUAUGUUCAUGUACAUUGUAGUAUUGUGCAUGCUUCAUUUCACUACAUUACGGUUUAUGAGACAUGUAAAAGACCAGCUACGGUACCAUGCUACAUGUAGUAGGCCUGGCCUACAUUCAUACAUUGCUUGUUGUGGUGAGGUGUAUGUGCAUAUGUACAUACAUGUACAGGUACAUGUACAUUAUUUGCAUUGAACAGAAAGAACCGAAAAUUCCGUGUUGCGAUGCAUAGACACGUAUGCAUUGUACAUGUACAAGUAUUGCCUCGAACACACGAACAAGGACACAAUUGACGAUGUCUGAUUCAUAACUGGCAGCAUAAUCAGCUUUUCCUGGAUGAAACCGUCAAGUACAUGUACAUGUACCAUCAGUUCAAAGGAACAAUAAGAAAUCCGGUGUUAAUACAGUGUCACCCACCUUCUCCGUUGACUAAUUGAAGGGGUCUGGCACUGUGCACAGGAAGUACAAACUACAUGUACAUAUCCAGCACAUGCACAUCUCCUCGGUGGAGAAGCUGCCCUUGACGACAUCGGGCUCACCGCUGCAGAUCCGCUGUAAGACAUUCCAGACGGCGACGUUUGUGAUUCCCAGAGAGAAGAGCUGCCAGGAGCUGUACACGUCCCUGCAGAAGCUUUCCAAACCAGCAACAUUAAAUGAGGUCUACGCAUUUCACUACAAGUCAGCCAGCUUCCAGACUGGCCUGCCUGCCCGCUGGGACCCAUUUGAUCUGAAGGCCGACUACGCUCGCAUGGGGGUCCCCAAUGGCAACUGGUGUGCCACAUCAGUCAACAAGAACUACGAGAUUUGUGACACCUAUCCCAAGGUGAUCCACGUGCCCGUCUCAGCCAGUACUCCAGUGUUGGUAGGCAGUGCCCGAUUCCGCAGCCGGGGCAGACUACCAGUAUUGUCCUACCUCCACAAAGAUAACAAUGCAAGCAUGUCUCGCUGCAGCCAGCCUUUGGCUGGCUUCAGUGCACGCUGUCUUGAGGACGAGCAGAUGUUACAGGCUAUCCUGAAGACCAAUCCCAAAAGCACUUUCAUGUACGUUGUGGACACAAGGCCAAAGAUUAAUGCCAUGGUCAACAAAGCCUCAGGGAAGGGGUACGAAAGCACGGAUUUCUACACCAACAUCAAGUUCAAGUUCCUGGGCAUCGAGAACAUCCACGUAAUGAGGAACAGCCUGCAAAAGCUUACAGAAGUGUGUGAGUUGAAGAAUCCUUCCAUGGAAGCCUUUCUGACUGGUCUAGAGAACAGCGGCUGGCUCAAACACAUCAAGGCUAUAAUGGAUACCUCAGCCUUCAUUGCAAGGGCUCUCUCUGAUGAGGGUGUUAGUGUGUUAGUCCACUGCUCUGAUGGCUGGGACCGGACCGCACAGACAUGCUCUCUGGCUAGUCUACUACUUGAUUCAUACUACAGAACGAUACAGGGCUUUCAGGUUUUAAUAGAGAAGGAAUGGCUAGCAUUUGGGCACAAGUUUCUUGACAGGUGCGGCCUGGUGUCAUAUGACUCCCGCGAGUUCUCACCGGUCUUCACGCAGUUUGUGGACUGCGUCUGGCAGCUGACCCAGCAGUUCCCCUGUGCUUUCCAGUUUAAUGAACGGUUCCUCCUGGAGCUCCAUGACCAUGUCUUCUCCUGCCAGUUUGGUAACUUCCUUGGCAACUGUGAGAAGGACCGCGUGGACAACAGGAUAUCGGAGAGGACCUACUCUCUCUGGGCCUACAUGCAGGAGCGCAUGGCCGACUACUACAACCCACUCUACAAGGCAGACUCACCAGCCACGGGGGGCAUCCUCAGGCCCAACCUGACCCCACAGAUGUUCAGAUUCUGGAGGGGGAUGUACAAUCGCUAUGACAACGGCGUACACCCGCGUGAGCCAAUAGCUGAUAUCCUCAAUGCCAUGAAGGACCACAGCUCUUCACUCUCUGACCACGUCCAAUUCUUAGAAAAUAAAGUUUCAUGUUUAAAGGAUAUUCUGGGUGUUAGCGAGGAUGGCGAUGUGUCGGAUUUGUCUGAUGGCAAAGCUGCCUCGUUACCUGAAAUCAGCUCCUUGGAGAGCAGCUCAGAGGAUAGCUCGGAGAAAGAGCUGGACACCUCCAUCCCGCCAGACAACAAGACUCUGGAGAACCACCGCAGUGCAAUGACAGACAACCGGCGAGCAGACCAGGGGUUGUUGCUGAAUUCUCCCAACAAGCCCAUCAACAUCCGGAGGGAGGAUAGUGGGGAGAUUUUGUCGGCAUCUCUGCUGGCCGAGGCCGUGGAGUCUGUGAGCCUGAACUGGCGUGGAUUCAGGAAUAUUCGUCAGUGUGUGUGUUCAUCCCCAUUUGAUCACUUCAGUCGGAAGUACCAUUGCUGGAAGUGCGGUGAGGUCUUCUGCAUCAGGUGCAUCGACAAGCAGACCACGCUCCCAGGCCACUUCUAUGAGCGUCCCGUAGCGGUCUGCCGGCCCUGCUACAAGGAGCUGAAGCUGGGGUCAUCGGACGCCGCCUCACCCCCCCCAUCCCAGCCCACGUCCCCAUCCAUCACCACGUUCCAGCCACAGCUGGACAACCUCAUCAACGAGAAUCACAAUUGAAGUCCCUCUCCCCCAGAGGGUCUCUCGUUGAAACUGCCAGCGUCUGUGUCGGGUUUCCUUAAGUGUGUGUGGCAUCAAACAGUGGGAAAGGGGUAUUCUUGUCACAGGUACCAGUCUGUUAGAAGUGUCAUCCUGAAUCUCACAAAUUUGGAGCAAAUUCAGUCAAGUCUGUGAGUAAUCAAAAUUUGACAAAUUUACAUUAGAAUGCCCGUUAGUCAACCAUGGUUUUAAGUUUCACCGACUUUUCAGAUAAUGAAAGUUGCUUGCAUCCUAGUCAUCAGUAGCCUCGCCCAUUGAAGUGUAAACCAGGGAGCCAGGACUGAAGUACUUGUCGCCAAUAUGCAUCGUUAACAAAAUGUGCCAUUGUUAUUAAUCAAACUUGGUCUUGUUCAAUCAAACCUUUGGGAUUUCUAUCACAUGCCACAGAAACAAAGUUUGCUCAUGUCAGUAUGUACAGCUCUUAAUGUCAUGUUAAUUGUGCAGCAGAACAAAAUGAGCGCACUGGGAACCUGGAAAAUUUCAAAUCAUAAAUUAAUUGGUGUAUGUAGAUUCAUGUACAAGACCAUCCACGCAUCUUGGCAUUUUUAAUUUCAUUUUUGGGUGUUUACAGAUGUGGUAUGGUGACAGGGUUAACAUGCAAUUGAAUGCAGUCCACAAAAGGAUGUAGGCCUACAUGGAUAAUUUCAAUGCCAAUCAAAUAAUAUUUGUUGGGAAUCGUUAAAAGGGGCUACUCUUAAACACAAAGAAAUCAGCUGUGCCAUUUGCACGAAAGAUGAAAGAUCUCGCUUUAAGAGUAGGAUGCCAGUUCAGUAACUUGCAAUGCAGCCCUCUUUCCCAAUCUCAAAUUGCGACUUAUACAAACCGUGGCUUAUGCUCCAAUUCGGCACAACUGUGGUAAAACAACUGUGUGGUAAGUUUUAAUAAUUACAUAACAAAGAUCACUGAGCUUCUCCCACAUGUAUAAAAAUACAUAAACAAGUCCAUAAGCAUCGCUGGGAACAAUGAUUUAAAGAAAAUUGCUUUUCAAUUCUUGUACAUGGAGCAGAUCAGAAAUUUAAAAUGACCUAAGCAAGUAAGCAUCGAUAUUUAUAUUUAUACCCCUACAUUUUAUUGUAUUUAGCUGUAUCUUUAAAGGAAACUUGUCUAAGAAACAGUUAUUUAUUCUUCAUUUUUGAAUUUGGAUUUUAGAGUUUGUGAUGCUUGCCUCAUUCUGUACGCAAUUCGUAUCCGCACAUUCUCGACAAUUUAUGGAUAGAUUUGUCCAUUUGCUUUAGUUAGAAGGACGCAAUUGUAUAUGGUAAUUUUUAUGGCAGUUUUCCUCCUUUUCAGGCUGUCUCACUGUGAAGGAUGCAUGUAUUCAUAUAUUUGUUGCACAUGUAGAAUUCCUGUUAUUUGGUUUGGAAGAAAGUGUUAGGUGGAAAAGGGCAGUGUUUUGCCAAAUGAAUGGUACGCAACUCCUGUGAAUUGUAAAGUUUUCUAAAAUGUCUGUCAAAAGAUAAAUUGCAUAUACUAUUUUGAUUUUGAGAUGGCCAUAACACACAAAUCCAUGAAGCCUUUCUUAGUGAUGUAAUGAUUGGUCAUAGCCAUGAUUGGGUAAGCCAUAGUCAUUCUAACUGAAUAAUCAUUGUGGUGGAUACCGGACAGUCGGUCCAACUUUGCCCGAUGUUCACAGCUGAGGAGGUUCUUGUGCACGAUGCCCAUAGUUCUGAUUGGAUGGUUUCCUGCCCUAGCCACUUGUGGUAAUACAGACGGCAAUGAUAGAAGUUUCUCUGAAGAGCACCCAUGUACAGUUGACAUCAAGUUCGUGAAAUGGCCAACAGUUUAUUCAGCCAGAUCUGAAAAAAGGUGUUCGACCUUUUAGCACUAGAAUAGCUUGAAAGCUUCUUUGGUUGAACAAGUCCUUGUCCAGAACAUUACUACCUAUGGCUUGCAGGGUAGUGUUGGUAGGGAGAGAGAUAAGUUAUCUCUGCAAAGGUCAGUUUAAUACAUAGAGCGAUGUAGUGCAGAAAUGGGGUUGCACUGAGUGAUUCCUGUUUUUAGAAGUGUUUGGUUUACGCCAAUUCUGUCUGGUAAAGUUAAAAGAAAAGUUGGUAUGCUUGGCCUGUGUAUGUAGAAAGUAGCACAGAAAUACAAUUUUCUGUUUUCCAAAAGGGAAAGUUAAAAAAAAAGAAAGAAAUACUUUUUUUCUUGAAAAGUCAAAUGUUAUUUGUCGGUAAAUGAGGAUUUUGAAAUGUACACUUUAUCAGUCAUUGUCUAGUGGUGAUGGAGCAGGAUUUAGUGUACAGACAGCACUGUUUGCCCAGGAAUUUGCUCUAAAAUGUAAAUAAUAUUGUAAAUUAUUUUUGAGUAAUGUGUGCAAUUGUAGGAUUUUGAUAAUCGUUGGGUCGGUCAUUAUUCUUGCGAAUUGCGAUUGUGGAAUUUGUCCACGGAACUAUACUGCUAUAAUGGAUAAAAUGUUAAAAUAUAUUUGACGAAUUGUAAGGAAAAUAUUAUGUUAAAAUUCUAUUAGCAAUUAUAAAUUGAGAGUUGAUUAGAAAUAGAACAUGAAAAUUGGAGAAUAAACAGCAAAAGUAAAAGA